GACUCCGCCUGCCAAUCACCACGGUUUGACGUCGACGAGGAAGCGCGUGCCAAGGUGGGGGGAUUCCCUGGGUGAGAGUGCGCAGGCGCCGGCUCCCGUAGGACUGGCCCUACUCGGUCCGCAUCGCCAGGCAGCCGGAGCAUCGGAAAGGAGCCAGUGAUGAGGAGGGCUGUCUGUGGAUGAGAAGCCUCAAGGUGCCAUGGAAGCUAGGAUCCCCCACCGAAUCUACGACCCCGGUGGGAAUGGCUCUGGGUCCCCAGUGGGCAUCAGCAGUGAGCCACCACACUCGCCCACCUCCUACCAGCAGCUGGUCGCCGAGAACAAUGUCCUGAAGGAGCGAAUGAAAGGCUUGGAGAGCUUGGGCAACCUCCUGGAGGAGUCUCAGUCCGAAGCCUCCAAGCUGAAGCAGAAGGUGGAGGAGCUGGUGCGUCAGGAGGUCCUCAGGUCUGGCAUCAGCCUGUCACCCCAGGAGGGUCAGAGUCCGGUGGUCACUGCUGUUGGAGAAGAUUUUGUGCAGGUGUGCCCACAGCCACCGUCUCGAGGAUCGGACCAGUCUGGGAAAUCAGCAGAUGUCAAGACCGAAGAGAAGCCUGCGUCCAGUGGCUCCUCGUCCGAGUUUGAGGUGGUGAACUCCAUUGACAAGAAUGAAGCCCAGGCGCAGGACCACCAGGAUGUUCUUCAGCAGCUGGCGAACGAGGAUGGAAACCUGUCGGUUCAUCUGCAGCGACUGGAGAGCUCCCUCAGCGUGUUUGCCGAGGAGACCAACAAGAAGCACCUGAUAGCCCACCUGGGCCGAAUGGCCGUCGAGUUCAAUCGACUCUCUUCCAAAGUGCAGAAGAAUGAGUGUAAGACGGCCAUCCUGCAGACUCUGUGUAGGCAGCUACAGACAGAAAACGAAGACCUCCGAAGGAAACUGGAUAGUGACCUCGAGCGCAAGAACCAGAUGUUGGCCAAGAUGAAAUGUGAACAUUUGAAGCUGAAGGAGUUGAUGGUGGAGAAGGAGAAGAUACAGCAAGCAGAGGCAUCCAAGGCGAGCUCUGCUGAGCUGUUGAUGCAGCAGAACGACUUACCACAGAAUGCCAAAGCAGGAGAGCGGCCACCUGACAGAAAUUCAAUGGAGAUCUUGGAGAAGAAAGUGGCAGCGUUGGAAGUACAAAGGAAAGAGCUGUUGGACGUGAAUAAACAGUGGGAUCUGCAGUUCCGGGGAAUGAAACAUCUGUAUGAACAGAAGAUCGUGAACCUGAGGCAGCGGCUGGCCUCGGCGCAGAGGGAGCUGACCGAGAGGGAGAGUGCCUGUGACGAGAGGCAACGGGACUUUGACAGGAAGCUGCUGUUGGCUAAAUCCAAGCUCGAUAAUGGAGAGACUGAAAAGGAGAAAUUUUUGGCGGAGAUUAAAACACUGAAGCAGGAGAACCAGUGUCUGAGGGAUCAGCUGAUACCCCUGACCAAGCAGCGAGAGUGUCAGGAGAAGGAGAUCCAGCGUCUCAACAAGGCUUUGGAGGAGGUGCUAUCGCUGCAGUCAGCCGCACCCAUGUUCACUGGCACCGGAGACCCUUGCAUCAACACCAGGCGCAACGAGCAGCUGACGCAGAUCGAGGUCCUCAAACAGCAGGUGAAGAUCUUCGAGGAGGAUUUCCUGAGGGAGCGGAGUGACCGAGAGAGGAUGAGUGAGGAGAAGGAGGAGCUGAGGCAAAAGCUGGAGAAGAUCCAGGCGGAGAUGAUGAUGCUCAACACUCAGCUGCGUGUUUAUCAGGAAGAUUUUCAGAAGGAGAAGUUGGAGAAGGAAAUGAUUCAGCGGCUGCUGACGGAUCAGAAACAGGGUCUGAGCGAGAGGAGGGCAUCAGAUCCCCCUCCUGGAACACAAAGGAUUUACUGCCCGCCCUUCCAGCUGCCAUAUGCCCCACUUGCCCACCAUGGCCCCGUCUUCGGACCCUACGAUCUGCAGAUCCGCUACCCACCCUCGGCCUUACCUCCAGGUCACCCUCCCUUCCAGCCGGAGUACCCCUGGAACGUGAGGUACACCCCUGCACGGGGUCAGCUCCCUGUGGAACCUGACAGAACAAAGACCGAUGGGAAAGAGCCACCGAUUAUGGGACAGGGUAAGGGACAGCACUGAAGGACAGAGCACCCUGUCCCAAUGCAGACACCGCCGUGCCCUUCGGAGACCAUCACAUCACCCUUCCACUGGAGGAGAUGGAGUGUUCACAGCGGGAUCGGGUGGGAAGACUACAACGGCACCUCAGCUUUGUACAGACUUCCACCUGCUUACUAACACCUGG